AUGCCACCAAAGCCAGCCGCACAAGAUGAGGAGGAUUUCGAUCCAUCAAUGUACACCGAGAAUCGUACUAGACAGCUGAACGAUGCCAAGUCUACCGACGGUGUCGACCCAUGGCCACACAAGUUCCACGUGUCGACCUCUCUGCCACAGUUCAUCGAGAAGUACACACCACUGGACAAGACUGCCGAGUGCACAGAGGUUGUCACGAUCGCUGGUCGUGUCCUCUCCAAGAGACUGCAGGGUACCGGUCUGGCAUUCUACGACAUUGUUGGCGAGAGCACCAAGCUGCAGCUGUUUGUCAACAAGAGAAACUUUGCCUCUGAGGAGGUCUUCACCAAGAUCAACGCUCUGCUGCGUCGUGGUGAUAUCAUUGGUGCCAAGGGUAACCCCGGCUACACCAAGACCGGUCAGUUGUCACUCUUUGUCUCUGAGCUCGUCCUCUUGUCACCAUGUCUACACAUGCUGCCCAAGCCAGGCCAGGGCUUCACCGACCAGGAGACUCGUUUCCGUCAGCGUUAUCUGGACAUGAUCGUCAAUGGUGACAAGAUCAAGAAGAACUUUGUUACCAGAGCCAAGGUCAUCCAGGGUGUCAGACGCUAUCUUGACACCCGUGGCUUCGUCGAGGUCGAGACACCAAUGAUGAACAUGAUUGCUGGUGGUGCCACUGCCAAGCCAUUCACCACUCAUCACAACGCCCUCAACCUCGAUCUCUUCAUGCGUAUUGCCCCAGAGCUCUACUUGAAGCAGUUGGUCGUCGGAGGCAUGGACCGUGUCUACGAGAUUGGCAAGCAGUUCCGUAACGAGGACAUUGACCACACUCACAACCCAGAGUUCACCACCUGUGAGUUCUACAUGGCCUACGCAGACUACAACGAUCUGAUGACCAUGACCGAGGACAUGUUGUCCAACAUGGUCGAGGAGAUCACCGGCUCAAAGAAGAUCAAGUACCAUCCCGAGGGUCCAACCGGUCCAGAGAUCGAGAUCGACUUCACCACCCCAUGGCGCAGAAUCGACAUGAUUCCAGAUUUGGAGGCUCGCAUUGGCAAGAUCCCAACUCCAUACACAUCGGAUGAGUGUCGCAAGUUCCUGAUGGACAAGUGUCACGAGCACAAGGUUGAGUGCAGUGAUCCAAAGACUACCGCAAGACUUUUGGAUAAGCUUGUUGGACACUUCUUGGAGGUUCAAUGCAUCAACCCAACAUUCAUUAUCAACCACCCAGAGAUUAUGAGUCCAUUGGCCAAGCAUCAUAGAACAGUGCCUGGUUUGACUGAGCGUUUCGAAUUGUUCAUCAACACUCGUGAGGCCUGCAAUGCCUACACCGAGCUCAACAACCCAUACACCCAGAUCGAGAGAUUCGAGGAGCAGGCAAAGGCAAAGGCUAUGGGCGACGACGAGGCUCAGCUGGUCGACACAGUGUUCACCACCUCUCUCCAGUACGGUCUGCCACCAACUGGAGGUUGGGGUCUCGGAGUGGAUCGUUUCGUCAUGCUUUUGACCGACACUUACAACAUCAAGGAGGUCAUCCUAUUCCCAGCCAUGAAGCCAGAGCAGAUCCUCAAGCCAACUACUACCACUACUACCACCGCCACCACUACACCUGCUACUGCUACACCAGCACCAACUCAACAUUAA